UGGAUUUUACCAUUUUAUCGAUUAUGCCGGACAUCGAAAAAAGUGGAGAUCGAAGACCUGCUCAAGUGUUCGACCGAAGACGAGGCCGAUAUAGUGGUCGCGGAGUUGGAAAAGUUUGAUUGUGUGAUACGAACAGUACAACCAAUACUGUUGGGAAUUAUUGUCAGACAUUUCUCGGCCACUAAUAGUGACGCCAAUUUCAUGCCAAUUAGUAUAGCGGCCUGUGCUAUAUGCCUGUCCAUACUGUCCAUCAUCAAUACACAGCACCCGGCCUAUACCGCUAGCAAUAGGCUUUCUAUGAAAGCCAAAGUGGCCUGGAAUACAAUUAUAUACAAAAAGUGUCUGAAACUGAGCCGAUCAUCGCUGGCCGACACAAACGUCGGACACAUCAUUAAUCUGACCACUAAUGACACCAAACGUUUCGAUGAAUUUGCAAUUGUGGGCAGUUAUCUGCUGGUCGUACCGAUUCAGACUAUUAUUUUUAUGUACAUCGGGUGGCAAUACUUGGGCGCCGCGUGUUUGGCCACAUUCGCCGGUCUUUGCCUAUUCAUACCAUUGGUCUCUUGGAUUGGCACCAAAAUCACAGAAAUUAGAUCUAAGACAACCAAAUUAACGGGUCAUCGCAUAUGUCUGACAAACGACAUCAUCCGCGGUAUACGUGUCAUCAAAAUGUAUGGUUGGGAACAGUAUUUCCAGCGUCUGAUACACGACGCGCGCCGACAAGAAGUGAAACAAAUCCAAAAGUCAUCGACACUACUGUCGCUAACGCUGUCCGUGUCGUUCAUAUCGGCCCGACUCUUGUUAUUCCUGUCGAUCAUCGCAUUUGUGGUGACCGGCGGCCGAUUGACAGCCGAGACAGUGUUUGUGACGAUCGCUAUGUUCGAGCGGCUCCGGUACUCAAUGACAUGGAUGUUACCGCAGGCCGUGUCCGGUGCGGCCGAAGUGAGGGCCGCCUGUAAACGGUUGCAACAGUUUUUGCUUUUGCCCGAAAUGAAACCUAUUGUACGUCAAAGUGGUGCCAAACCUGAAGCCACAGGUGUCGUGAUCGCCGGCCUCUCCUCAAGCGUGCCUUCAAUUGAUCCCAAAUACAAGAAUAAGUCUAAAUAUCUGCUCAAAGAUAUCAACUGUGAUGUAAAACGGGGCGAAUUGAUGGCCAUUGUGGGGCCGGUGGGCGCCGGGAAGAGCUCAAUAUUUGCGGCAAUUCUGGGAGAGUUGGAUGACAUGACUACCGGUAGUGUCGGAGUGAACGGCUCCGUCGCAUACGUGAGCCAAAAGUCGUUUUGCUUUAACGGCACGAUUCGCGACAAUAUUCUGUUCGGUCGACCCUUUGAUCACAAACUAUACCAUAAAAUACUGUUUAUGUGCGCUCUGGAGGAAGAUCUCAAGAAUCUGAGCGCCGGUGAUAUGACAGUUGUCGGCGACAGGGGCUCGACGCUGAGCGGUGGCCAGAGGGCCAGGAUCAAUUUGGCCAGAGCACUUUACCUGAACGCCGAUAUCUAUCUAUUGGACGACCCGUUGAGCGCCGUCGACGCCUCUGUAGCCAAACAUAUAUUUGAAAAUUGUGUGUUGGACUUCUUGCGCGACAAAUGCGUGCUUUUGGUGACAAAUCAGAUGCAGUUUCUGAAGAGGAGCACAAAAAUACUAUACCUAAUGAGCGGCCGGUGUCUGGCGUUUGGCGCCUACAAUGAUCUGCUCAAUAGUGGCAUCGAUUUCAUGGCAAUANUCGAUGAUGAUAAUGAAAAUACCGGUGCGAUUGGUCUGCGAGUAUAUUUUGAUUACUUUACCGCCGAUUCCGGCUGUACUCUCAUCGGAUUCGCGUUGCUGUCAACACUAGUCACGCAAUUCCUGUUCCAUAUGACCGACUAUUGGCUUACAUUUUGGGAUGACAAUAAGAGUGAAUCCGUGACCACCACUUCGGACACGAACCGCAAGAAUAUCAUGAUAUACUCACUCAUGAGUUGUGGUCUAUUUGUUUUCGCCACAUUGCGAUCGAUGACAUUCUUCCACAUGUGUUUGCGUUCAUCGCAUUUCUGUCACAAUCAGAUCUUUGACAGACUUUUGCGCACAUCGAUGGCUGUCUUUGAUUACAUGCCUAUCGGUCAAAUACUCAAUCGAUUCACUCGUGAUAUAGGGAUACUCGACGAGACUCUUCCACAGAAACUCUUUGAUCUAAAUUUGGCACUGAUCCAAUUGAUCGGUCUGUUAACGGUUGUCAUAACUGCUAACCACUACUUCAUACUCCCGGUACUGGUGUUCGCGACCGUCCUAUACAUCGUGCGUCGGCUGUACGUCAAGCCGUCGCAAGCGAUGCGCAAAUUUGAAGCCAUGACCCGUAGUCCGCUAUACUCGCACAUUAGCACCACGAUGGAGGGUCUGACCACAAUCCGGGCGUUUGGCGUACAGGAGCUGUUCCGGCGUCAGUACAGCGCCUACCAGAACGACCACACGAGCACGUGGUGGCUACAGGUGUCCACCGCCCGCUUCUUCGGCGUGUGUCUCGAUUACAUCGGUUUCGUAUUCAUCACAAUCGUUAUCUCGUUGCUACUCGUCUUCAGAUCAGAUGUGUCGGACACCAGCGCCGGACUGGUCUUCUCGUCCAUUCUGGCGAUGAUAUCUAUCGCUCAGUGGGCUAUCAAACGGACAGUGGAUGUGGAGAUAUGGAUGACAUCGUUGUUACGGUUGAAACAGUACUUGCAUUUACCGGAAGAGCGGAUGGAAAUGGAGGACAAAGAGGAUGGCGUGGAGAAGAGGAAACGCUUUCAGAUACCCGCCGAGUGGCCAAAGAGUGGUCAGAUAACUGUCCGCAAUCUGCGGAUGACGUACCCGAACAACAGCGGCGAACUGAUCCUCAAGAAUAUCAGCCUUAAGAUACUGAACGGCCAGAAGAUUGGUAUCGUUGGCCGCACCGGCAGUGGGAAGACAUCGCUGAUCAACGCCCUGUUCCGACUCAUGCCAUCCGAUGGCAAUAUUACUAUCGAUGGCAUUAACAUCAAUAAUAUAGGUCUGAAAGAUCUGCGAAAGAAUAUCUCGAUUAUACCGCAGGAGCCGACGGUCUUCAACGGUUCCAUUCGCGCCAAUUUGGAUCCGUUCGAAGAGUUCACGGACGAAGAGGUGUGGCGGGCGUUGGACGCGGUGCAGCUCAAGACACUGGUCCAGUCGCUGCCCGAACGGCUCCGGGCGGUCAUAUCGGAAGAGGCGCUGACACUGAGUGUGGGUCAGAAGCAGCUGAUCUGUCUCUCCAGAGCCAUACUCCGGAAGAAUCGCAUAUUGAUCUUAGACGAGGCCACCGCUAAUGUCGACCACAAGACCGAUGCGCUCAUACAGACGGCCAUUAAGACCAAGUUUAGCGACUGUACGGUGAUUACGGUCGCCCAUCGUAUUGAGACCAUCAUCGACUGCGAUCGCAUUCUGGUGAUGAAGGAGGGGAUGAUUGUGGACGACAACAGCCCUCACCUUCUUCUGGAACAGGAGAACAGCUAUUUCUCGCAAUUAGUCAAACAAACGGGUCGUCUGAUGGCCAGUCGACUGCAAGAGUCGGCUCAACAAAGUUUUCAAAACAAGAAACAAGUGUUGAACAGAAACACAGCCAUCGAUACCGUCUUAAGGCAGAGGAAUAUCUGAAGACUUAGAUUAAAAUUAAAUUAUUUUUAGGCAUUUAUUUCCAAAUGAAUUGCUAUUUAUUUUUCAAUAGGUUUUUAUAGCACUUGUUUUCAGUGUGUUUUUGCAG